AUGGUCUCCCUCGCAGCGAUCCUGGCCUCCAACAAACAACUGGGCUCUGCCCUCCCGGCCGGCCUGGUGGCCGUCUUUGUUGGCGCAACAAGCGGCAUCGGCGAGACAGCAAUGAAACAAUUUGCUAAGCAUGCCAACGCACCACGAAUCUACUUUGUCGGCCGGACAGCGAGCUGGGCAGAACGCAUCAAAGCAGAACUCGAAACCCUGAACCCAAAGGGAAGCUACUUCUUCCUGCAAUGCGACGCCAGUCUGCUCAAGAGCAUCGACGAGGUUUGUCGGCAGAUUCAGAUCAAAGAGCGGGCAAUCAAUCUGCUCUUUUUGAGCAUCGGCUGUCUCAUCACCGGGACAAGGACCACGGAAAACCUGCAUUACUUUGCUGCACUGACGUACUACUCCCGCAUCCGCUUCACUCUGAACCUCCUCCCCCUCAUCCAGACAGCCCCUGCGCUGCGUCGGGUCGUGACCGUCUUUGCCGGCGGCAAGGAGGGCCCCAUCAUUACCGACGACUUCCCCGGGUUUAACCUAUCUGCCACUGCAGGACGCGGGCAUUUUGCGUCCAUGCUGACGCUCUCAUUUGAGGUACUGGCUGAGAGAGCACCAGAGGUCUCUUUCGUACAUGACUAUCCCGGGUUUGUCAAGACAGACCUCGCGCGGGGCACCAAGGGCGCCGGAAUGGCGAUUGUCAAGGGUAUGUUCAAGGCCAUUGGUCCGUUUUUGUAUAUCCCCACCGAGGAGGUUGGUGAGCGGCAAGUCUUCUUUGCUACCAGUAUAAGAUUCCCACCCGCCUCUGGUGAUGCCAAGGGCGUGCCCUCUGAAGAAGUCGGCAUUGCCACAGGGACGGAUGGAAGGAAGGGCAGUGGUGUGUACUCAGUGCACCUAGAUGGGGAGACCAAGGUGCAAGAGGCGUUGUCUGCGUUGCGGGAGAGCGGGUCGAAGGAUAAGAUGUGGAAACAUACUGAGGACGAGCUUAUUCGCGUAACAGGGAGUGUAACAAUGUAG